CGCCGCCAUCAUGUCCGCAUCUGCAGCCUCGUCCUCCAACGCAACGCUUCUGACGCACCUGCACCUCGAUGCCGCGCUCCUGCUGAGCGUCGACUCGUCGCCGGUGCCGCGCAAGCUGGCCACAUCGACGCCCGCCGAGCGCGACGCACUCCUGCGCGCGCGCGCGCAGGCGGCCACGCAGGCCCUCGUCUCGCACCUUUACGCGCUGCCUUCGUCUACGCACCCUGAUCACGGCCGCAUCGCGCUGCUGCCUGCCGCCCUCGCCGUGGGCGCCGGUGGCACGCCGCUGCCGCGCGAGAAGCCGCUGCCCGCGCCGAAGGCGGAGACCAAGUGGGAGGCCUUUGCCAAGCGCAAGGGCAUCAACGCCACGACGAAGAAGGACAAGCUGGUCUGGGACGACGACCGCAAGGAGUGGGUGCCGCGCUGGGGUUUCAAGGGCAAGAACAAGGAUGCGGAGCAGCAGUGGAUCCACGAGCUGCCGAACAAUGCGCCCGACGACCACAACCCCAUCGCCGCCGCCCGCGCGGAGCGCACGGCGCGCAAGCUCUCCAACGAGGCACGCCGCGCUCGCAACGUCGCCCGCGCCACGGGCGCCCCGACAUCUACCGUUGCUGCAGCGCAUGCCGCGGCGGCCAACGGGCUGGGCGGAGGCGCAGCGGGCGAGGCUGCGGCCAAGCGCAAGGCGGACCGCGAGCAGAAGAAGGCGCAGCUCGACGCCGACGUGCGGCGCGCCAAGGUCAGCACUGCCAGCAUGGGCAAGUUCGACAAGCGUCUUGAGGGCGAGACGAAGGAGAAGGGCGUCAAGCGCAAGUUCGCACCGAACGAGAUCGACACAUCCUCGGAGCGGAAUGCUCAGCUGGCGAUGCUGAACGGUCUUGGCGGCAGCGCUUCCCGCUCGAAGCCCAACGCCAAGGGCCAGGGCGACGAGAGCCUCGUCAAUGCCCGCAAGGCUGUGCGGUUCGCCAGCGGUGGGCGCGGUAGCGCUGCCCUGGCUGGCGGCGCCCGGGGCGGCCGCGGCGGUCGCGGUGGCCGUGGCCGGGGCCGCGGCAAGUGAUGCCUUCAGGGUCACCUGCUCAGCUGCAAUGUCACACGCG